AUGCGCGACGCCGUUCCAGCCUCGUCUCGUUCAGCCACCACGCUCACGUCCUCCAAGUCGUUCUCCACAGCAUCGUAUAGUAGCAUAACUGCGUCGCCGCUGCUCAAGCCCAGAUCAUAUUCCGGCGAUCAUGGCAGCAAGGCCACCACAGCAGUGUUUUUGACCAUAGCCGCCGUCCUGGCUUUGACUUUAGUUUGCGCCCUGUUUGUUCUCUGGCGGUGGAAUAGGCGCCGAAAAUCAAGCGCCGGGCUUGAACCGCCAAAGCAUAUUGAUGGGGUGAAGAGAAUAUCAUGGUUUCGGAAUGAAUGA